GUAAGAAUAGUUCUAGAAAGGCGUUCACCUAUAAAACCUUGCCUAAGUUAUCUUUAUCUAUCCAACAACCUCCUUCCACACAGAUAUUACCGCUCACAGUCAACCACUAAUCUUGCCCAUCCUCUUUCGAAAAUGAUGUUCAAAUUCGCCUCCAUUGCCAUGAUCGCCUUAACGGCCAUGUUCCUAUCCGCAGGACAAGUCAAUGCCAUUGCAGACAACGACGUCGACGCGUGCAACGGUUCCAAUGACUACGAAGUGGGACACUCAUGCGCGUUUGCUGAAUCUCAAGGCACCUGUCAGACUAACGCGUGCGGCAACUUGAUCUGCAUCCCCAAUUAAGAGAAGUCGGAAGUCUUGUCGAGUUGAAGGUCUAGGAUUCUAGGAAAUGAAAUCAGAUACUUCUUCGUAGUACUUGCUAGCCAUAUUUCCAAAUUUCAACCGGCAUUAAGUUACCAUUCUUCUGCUUGCUCUCAGACGUCUCGCGUUUCUGAACGCGUUAGAUUCUAUAAAUAUCUUUGAAUUUUCGCG